UCUUGUCCUCAUCCACCAUUUCAAUACUUUGUCCUCUACUGUACCAUACCAUACCAUACCAUACCAUGGCUCAUUCUACUCUUUCCCUCUCAAUUUCAAAAGUUUGAAACGCAGCGUCUCAGUUCAAUCACGUUCCCAUGGACGACGAAGCUAUUGCUAACGGUAACGGAGCUCCGUCGCCUCCAUGUGUCGUUUCGGUGUCUGCAUUAUCCGGCUCCCGGCGCCGCCUAUCGAUGAGCUUCGUGGAGCGGAGCCGCCUCCAUGUCUCGUCGUCGGAGAAGCUCAAGCCAAUGGCGUGGGUAUCGCUCCAGGGAAGGCUCCUCAACGCCGACGAAGCCAGCUCGGCUCGAACCAUCGGCGGCGGCGUCUUCAGCGCCGAACAAGCCAUUGCUUGGAACCUCUUCCCUCCCAUCCACAGGUUUCUCUUAGUCGCGGUCAUCGGCGCUGCCGUUGCGCGCUCCCGAAAAGACUUUCAAAUAUGCCAACUCAAAAACUCCGUUCAACUCAGGGACCAGGUGCUGUUAAACAUGCAGCAAAAGCUUGAUAGUCUUUGCGAGUUAGUAGUUAACAAUUCUAAAGAACACUGGACUAAUAAGUCUUGUGACAAGGAUGGGGAAUUGCAAUUGAAUGAGACUUUUGGCGCUGGGAAAAUUAACUUUAUUGAUUGUGGUUGUUGGCAUUGUGAGCAACACUCUGGUUUCUUUAAUGAAUUAAUGGAGGGUGCUUCUAUUGCAAGAAGCUCUGGUGCAAAUGAGGUGCUUCAAUAUAAGAUGCCCUUCUCUAAUGAAGAUCAGGAGGAGCGAAGAAUGUCUGACAUGUCAGAUUGGGCUUCAAGUGUCACAUCUUCUGCUGAUAUCCAGUUAAACAACUUGGCUGUAGAACAAGAUAUGUAUAAUCUUAGGAGGGACUCUGAAGAGAAGGAUACCACAAUAAAGGAGUUAACCAGCCUGUUGAACUCUAAUGAGGUUGCUAAUUGCAAGAGAAUUGCUGAAUUAGAAGACUUUAUACGGAGGAAAAAUACAACAAUUUCAAAAUUAAAGAAGGACUUGUUGGUUUUAGAACAAAAGGUUGUCCAACUUACAAGACUUCGUCGACCUUCUUUCUCUGCCAGUGGCACAAAUGACGGUCAGCCGCCACAUAUUAUGAUAGAUAACCUUCUUUAUGAUAUGGAGAGCACCACUAGCCCCUCCUCAUCUUCUGAUUCAGAUAGUUCUUCUGUCGUCAAAGCACCAAAACUUCCUACUGAUGUUGUCCUGAAACAAGAUUUUGCUCCCAAACUUGAUCAGAAUCCUACACCAGCAAAAGUAUCCAGUUCAUCAGGAAGAGUUUUUGAACGCCACUCAAAGUCUCGAUCCGUUAGUCCUCGUAAAGAAGUUUCAAGUAGCCAAAAAUCUAAUGCAGCUUCCGCUUCAGCCCAAAAGCUAUUGUCAGCUCGUGGGGACUUGAAAAAAAAUAGAAGACGAUCUCUUAAUGGAGAUAAGAGUGCAACUGCACCUAAGGGAUGGGUAUAGUAACGAGCUCCGGUGGAAUGGUAUGUCAAGGGUGCAUUUUGCUCCAUGUUUGCAAUUAUCCAACGGGAUCGGUGUCAAACAGAUGGUAAAUACUUCAUAGGCAUAUAUACUAGUUAAAUACUUUAGCAGUGGCACAUUCUGGUUUAGAUUUUUAAAUUGCAGAUCGCAGUGACAGGGAUUUUAUUCAAAUCUGUUAGUGCUGUCUAACAGUUGGUUUAUUUUUAUCCUUCAAUUCAUGGACUAUUUUUAGUCAUUAAA